UCUAUGGACGCUCCACCCGAUGCUUCUCUUCAAAAAUGUGCAGAAGUGAAUCGAAUUACAUUUGUUUACUUGAUUUUUUGUUUACAUGCAGAGAGAAAAAAAAAACAAUGCAUUUUGUGCCAAAUAGUUAUUUAAAUUAGCUGAACACUUGCAGAAAUGACUUUUCGCCUUUAUUGAAGGCAAAAUAAACACCAUCCGUUUCCGGUGCUUCGUUUUUCAACAACAUUCUCGCAUUGUUUAUGUCAGGAAAGAAAGAUUUUGAUUUAAUUACAACAGUUACAGGUCGCGUCUGCGCGUGUGAGAAUCCAAUCCAAAAAUGAUAGAAAAACAUCGCGUCUGCGUGAAAAGGAUGCUGCGGAAGUGGGACUUUUAACUUUCAUAUGAUGGAGAAGAAUGAUUGUUGAUAGUAUAAUAUAAGCAUUAUAAUUUAUUAUAAGGAUACAAGACCGUUAUUUCAAUUAAUAGCCUUUUAUUAUGGCUGACAGUCUUAGCAACCGAUGGACUUCUGAACAGCAAGUAACACCAACUGCGCCUCCUUUGUCUGCUUUGUACGAAGUGCCAGCAUCCUUAAGAUUUUCAAAUGGCAUUCAUGGUGAAGUAAAUGUUAUUAGACCUACUGAGAAAACAGCUCAACAUAAUAUGGGCAUCAACCAUGUGACUCCGCCACCCGAUGCCGUGGAUGACGAACCAGAGCCAUCAGCGCCACCCUUGGAGUUGAUGGACAAAGUGAGGGGCUAUGAAAGCGCGUCAUUUGAAGCAAUUGAUAUUCCUCCACCAUUAGAACCUGUACUUCGAAAGUCUGAAGAAGAACCUCAAAGACCUCCUUUGCCCACCAUACCUCAAUUAACAGAAAAGGAAGUCAGGCAAGCACUUCUUCAAGAAGUUUCAUCUCGUUGCUGCUAUGGCACUGGAGCUGUCAGGGACAUGGCAAUUACAGACAUAAAGCAUUCCAUUGCUUUUCAUUACACUCUUGAAACUUUUACCGAGAAAAGGACAACUUGCUGGGCAUUCGAGUCUUACACAGGUGGCACAAUUGAUGAGAGAAACCCAGAUCAAGUACCUUUUCCUUGGGAUAUUCCAGCUAAUCCCCCUGCCAACUUCAAAAAUCAUGUAGUUCAGCUGGAAGUACCUCAUACUGCCUCAAUAAAGACUUGUCAUGUUUGUGGGGGAGUUGGCCGCAAAAGAUGUAUAACCUGUUCCGGUAAUGGCUGGGAAUACUGUUUUUCCUGUCAUGGAGAUGGACAUAAACCUUCUGCUCUAGAAAGUGAAUAUGGAAGAUGUGUUCAUUGCCAUGGAACUGGACGAAGAAAGUGUUGGAAAUGUAAUGGAGAUGGCAUGGCAAGCUGUAAAGGAUGCUCUGGGACAGGUCAGAUAAAGUGCUUUAUUCGUCUUACUGUUACAUGGACCAAUCACAUGGAUGAUCAUGUUGUGGAAAAAGUGGCAGCCCUAAAUGAUGACAGAAUAAAAAGUGUAACCGGUGAAGUCAUAUGUGAAGAACAGCAACCUGUUCUUUGGCCAUUAACCCACUUUCCUGACACAACAGUUAGUAUGGCUUCAGCCCAACUAAUUCAACAACAUGCAACAUCAUUUACAUCUGAAAAAGUAUUACAGCAGAGACAUCGGGUAACCAUUGUUCCAGUGGCUGCAGUCAACUACAAAUGGAAAAAUCAUAAUGGAUUAUUUCAUGUUUAUGGUUAUGAACAGAAAGUAUAUGCUCCAGAUUAUCCACAGACAUGCUGUUGUUGCUGUUGUACUAUUUUGUAG